GGAGCUCGCCCAAAGGAAACAAACCCCCUGCUCUUUCGCCCCUCCUUUACCCCUCCAACGGCUGCUGUAUCGAUCAGCUUUCGUCCUGUUUACUAUUUAGUAGCCUAGCAGAUAGGUUGGGGCAUUCAUUGCGUCUUCGCAACAGUCGAGGAAGUGUCCACCGCCUCUGAGUGGGGAAGUUAUCAUGAUGUCAAAUCUGUGGUAACAGCAACUGGGGCAGAUUGCUGUUUCACAAGAGACGGAGCUGUGUCCGUCACGUUACAAUUACGUCCAAAACUGUCACUUUCUUUGCCCUAGGGCCUCCCCAACAAGCAACCGUGAUUACAAGAUUCAACUCACUUCGCCCCAAGCCCGACCUCUGUUUUUGAGACCUUCAGCGGCGCAAUGACUAUACGAGAGGGCCUCAUCAAAACUCGCAUAUUUGUCAUCUCAGAUACCCAUGGCCUUCGGCUUCGCUAUAGACACCAGGCGGACGUGAUCAUCCAUUGCGGUGACCUUACGAAUGAGUCCGAACUCGAAGAAUACCGAAACCUAAUCAAAGACUUGAGUUCUAUUGAAGCACCCCUGAAGUUGAUCGUCCCCGGCAACCAUGACUUUACUUUAGACAUACCCAGGUUCAAGAGACGGAUUGUCGAGGUACAGCACGGGAAUCCAGACGUGAAGAAAAAAUACACGGAAAAGUACGGAAAUCCUGGAGAUGCCCGCAGCUUGUUCGAGGAGGCCAGGAACGCGGGCAUAGUCCUGCUUGAGGAAGGGACACAUAUCUUCAAGUUGGCCAACGGCGCUCGCCUGAAGGUGUACGCGAGUCCUCACACUCCAGCCGCCGGAGGCUUCCCCGGUUUCCAAUAUCAGCCCGAAGACAGCCACGACUUUGCCAUCGAGAAGGGAACCGAUAUUGCCAUUACGCAUGGUCCGGCUUUGGGUAUGCUAGACCAUACUAAGGCUAAUCCCAAGGCAGGUUGUCCAGACCUACUCGACGCCAUCGCCCGGGCCCGGCCUCGAUUGCAUUGUUGUGGUCAUAUCCAUGAAAGCUGGGGUGCCAAAAUGGUGACAUGGAGCGAAAAACCGGCCGAGGAGUUAACAGGCACAGGUGGGAGUGGCUUGAAGGAAUCCUCAGUUAUCGCAACCCUGCGUGACUUUAAAUCACUACCGACCGACUCUACAGAGGAAACCGUACGCAAAAGGCAAUUUGUCAAGCAAAGUUCUCUUGCCAGGUGCUGCGAAAUUAGUCUCUGUCAGGGCGAUCAGCAUCCGCUUGAUUUCAAUAGUCGAACGCUCUUUGUCAAUGCCGCAAUACAGGGUGCAUCAGGCGAGGCAGCGCUUCACUAUCCGUGGAUGAUUGAUAUCGAACUUCCUAAGGCAUGUUGAGCGACGAGGGUAUAGAAGUGUAAAGUGGUAGUCAUACGUUAGAUGCAUAAACCGAAGGGCGUAUAUCUCUGAUAGAAGCUUAUCGAUAAGAUACUAUACUUGUCUCC